AUGUUGGUGCUGUUUGAAUCGUCGGUCGGGUUGGCGCUGUUCAAGGUCAAGGACGGCAAGCUCGACGACAAGCAGCUGUACAAGCAGUUCGAUGACCCCGAGUCGGCUUCCAACCUGUGAGUGACCGUACCGGGCCGUGUUGGCUGUGAUGACCGUGGUCGACAACACCUUGGCGGCUGUGGAAUGGCUCUAGCCCGGCGUCAGGCUCAGGCUCAGGCUCAGCCGGCUCUGGCUCAAGCGCUCAGGGCCGAGUCGACACUUCGCAAAAGCUUCGUCGCAGCAGCCACGCAGCCCGCAGCCAGCAGCCAGCAGCCAGCGGCCACCAGCAACCAGCACUCGGGACGGACCACGGCGACCCUCAGCUCCCUAGCUCGGCCGCCACCUCGACAACGGCUGGAUCGUCGAUUCUUCAUUCCGCACCCCCCACUUGAAGCUCCUGCCACAACUCAUGAAAGUGUAGUGUAUGCGUCGUCCUCCGCGCCGCUCGACCCGGUCCGCCCGCCCGCGCCGCCCGCCGCCCGCGUCUUUUCGACCCGACACUUCCGCCACGACCAUCCGAUGCGACCAACCACAACUUCCACCCCAUCUUUCAACCACAAGCAAACUAACUUCAUGUCCUACUUCCCUCCUCGACCUCCCCCCCGCACAGGGUCAAGUUGCAGGCGAUCCACCGCUACACCUCCACCGCCAGUGCUGUCGAGGACAUGACCUCGAUCGGAGAGGGCAAGGUAUCCAAGGCGCUGAAAAAGUUCCUUACCGACGAGAUCACCGGCAACAAGAAGCUCAAAUCCGAGAAGCUCGCCGUCGCUGAACCCAAGCUCGGUAAGCGGCGCUCGCUUCCUCGUCCAAGAUGCCUCUACGCGACAAGGACUGACGAUCCCAUCCUUCCUCCCCCUCCAGCCGGUGCCAUCGCCAAGAAGCUCGAACUGUCCGUCAUCUCCGACUCGACCGUCAACGACCUCUACCGAGGAAUCCGUCAACAGCUCUCGACCCUCCUUGGCGACAUCGACCCCAAGGACCUCUCGACCAUGGAGCUCGGUCUUUCCCACUCGGUGUCGCGGUACAAGCUCAAGUUCUCGCCCGACAAGGUCGACACCAUGAUCGUGCAGGCCAUCGCCUUGCUCGACGACCUCGACAAGGAGAUCAACAUCUACUCUAUGAGGGUCAAGGAAUGGUACGGGUGGCACUUUCCCGAAAUGGGCAAGAUCGUCUCCGAGAACAUCACCUACGCCAAGGUCGUCAAGGCCAUGGGCUUCCGCACCAACUACAACACCACCGAUUUUUCCGCGAUCCUGCCCGAGGAACUCGAGGAGACGCUCAAGUCCGCCGCGGCCAUCUCGAUGGGUACCGAGAUCUCCGACACCGAUCUGAACCACAUCCUCUUGCUCGCGGACCAAGUCAUCUCGAUCACGCAGUACCGCACCGAGUUGUUCGACUACCUGCGCAACCGCAUGGCCGCGAUCGCACCCAACUUGACCGCGCUCGUCGGUGAACUCGUCGGCGCGAGGUUGAUCGCCCACGCCGGUUCGCUUUUGUCGCUUGCGAAGCACCCGGCGUCGACCGUGCAGAUCUUGGGCGCGGAGAAGGCCUUGUUCAGGGCGCUCAAGACCAAGCACGAUACCCCCAAGUACGGUCUCAUCUUCCACGCCUCCUUGGUCGGCCAAGCACCGCAAAAGCUCAAGGGGAAGGUCAGUUUCUGCGUCGAAUGCUCGACGAGCCGAACAUCCGAACGACCUUACUGACGCUGACCCACUCCUGCACUACACUUAGAUGGCACGAAUGGUCGCGACCAAAGCCGCACUCUCGAUCCGAUUAGACGCCCUCGCCGACGCCGAUUCGAAAUCGUCCCUCGACUCGGCCACGAUCGGACUCGACAACCGCGUCAAACUGGAAGCGCGUCUCCGUUUGCUCGAACAAGGUAUAGGGCACACGUCCUUGCGUUCGUUGAGCAAGACGGGGGCGCAACAGUCCAAGUUUGAGAUGAAAGGGAAUGGGGCCAAGUAUAACGAUGCGGCGGAUACGCUCUUGUUGCCUACUGCGACGGCGACGGGUCCGAUGGAGAUGGCGGUGGACGAGAAGGUUCUGUUGAAGGAGGAUGAGCGCGUUGUAGAAGGGGAGGAGGACGAGGAGGCCAAGAAGGAGAGGAAGAGGCUGAAGAAGGAGGCCAAGAAGGCGGCAAAGGAAGGCAAGGCGAAUGGGGAUGCCGCUGAGGACGAGGAGAAGAAGGAGAAGAAGGACAAGAAGAAGAAGCGAAAGGCCGAGGACGAUGGCGAGGUCGAGGAGGGGGAAAAGAGUAAGAAGAAGAAGAAGGACAAGAAGGCAAAAGAGUAG